AUGGAUCCAGUUUCCGUGACAGCAGGCAUGGUUGGCCUCCUCACAUCCAUUUUACACCGCUCGAAAGAAAGAUCCGAAUUCAUCGGCGGGCUCCGUGGUGCCCCCAAAGAUAUUGCAACACUCUCGACCGAUCUGAAAGCCUUCUACGAAGUCCUCGGCGUGCUCAUGGGCAUAAGACAAAACUGUUUAGACGUCUUUGAAGGGUUCACAACACAAGUUACGCGCGAUGGGACAGCUAAGGUCCGGACGUGGAAGGGUAUCAGGUGGGCGUUUAAGGAGAAGGUGGUCCAGCAAUUUAAGGAUAGGAUUCUUACUUACAAACUUUCUCUAAGUGUGGCUGUUGGUGCAAUGAGACUAUUAACGACCUCCUCAAUAGACGAACGAACGAAACGGAUAGAGAGUGGUUUGAAAGAGGAUAUGAGGCAUGUUAGAUGCAAAUUACAAACUUUGGACCACGGCUACAUCGAAUUGGCGAGUGUUGCUGGCCAGAAGGGCUCGGAUUGGCAUGGUACAGAUGUUGGCUUUGCCUUGAGCAGAUUUCUUGACUACGCCGGGUCACUUUGCAAUUCCCCUCCGCCGUCCCUGAACGCAACACAUCAUACUCCCACUUGA